AUGGAGAAGCCACUAGCAUCAUCAUCAACCAUGGAAGAAGCAGCAUCAUCAAAACAAACCUCCAAAACAAACGCUUCCAUGGAAACGCAAUCUAGUAACACCACCACAAGCGGUAGGAAAGGACGCAAACGCAACCGCAAAAUCUGUAUCUGCGUCACUCUCCUAAUCAUCCUCACCUUCUUCAUAAUCCCCCUAAUCGUAUCCCUCACUCUCUUCAAACCAAAACGCCCAAUCACAACCGUCGAUUCCGUCACCGUCGAGCGUUUCCGAGCUUCCAUCAACGCGUUAGCUUUCAAAGUCGACUUAAACCUAACGCUACACGUAGAUCUCUCCUUGAAAAACCCUAAUCGAGUCGGAUUCAGCUACGGUUCAUCGUCGGUUCUGUUGAAUUACAGAGGUCAAUUGAUCGGUGAAGCUCCUUUACCGGCGAAUCGAAUCGCGCCGCAGAAAACGCAGUUUAUGAAUCUAACGCUUACGUUAAUGGCGGAUCGGUUACUGUCCGAAUCGGAGCUUUUGUCUGACGUUAUGGCUGGUGUUAUACCUCUCAAUACCUUCGUUAAGGUCUCUGGUAAAGUAAGCAUUCUCAAAAUCUUUAAGAUUAAAGUCCAAUCGUCUUCUUCGUGUGAUCUUACGAUCUCUGUUUCGAAUCGUAACGUUACUAGUCAAAAGUGCAAGUAUUCUACUAAGCUUUGA